GCUGGAGAGGCGGAGGCCAAGCCCAAGUAUUCCAACUACCUCCAGCUGGACCUUGCGACUGUGGAGCCCUGCGUCUGCGGGCCACGCAUCUCUGGGCCCGACGCCUGCAGACCCUACUGGCCGCACAGAUUUGUCAACCUCAAGACCAUGAAGUCGGGCUGGGAUGAAUGCCUCAGCAACACCGUCCGUUCAAAGGGCUUCGGCAUCCUCCCGGACCAGCAAGGAAAGAGUGUAACGGUGACUCUUGAGGAAGGGGUGCAAAUCCAGCUGAAGCACGGGUUCGUGGUCAUCGCCGCCAUCACCUCCUGCACCAGCGCGCUCAACCCGGCGGAAAUGUUGACAGCAGCCCUGGUGGCGAAGAAGGCGAGUGAGAGGGGGCUACAGGUGAAGCCCUACGUGAAGACGAGCCUCGCCCCUGCCUCCAACGUGGUGACCAAGUACCUUGAGGCCAGUGGUCUCCUGCCAGCUCUGGAGGGUCAGGGCUUCCACGUGGUGGGGCAUGACUGCACCACGUGCAUUGGAAGCUCAGCUAAGAUUUCAGAGUCUGUUAUGGAGGCCGUUUCUGACAACGGUCUGGUGGCAGCAACAGUGCGGUCUUGUAGCCGUACCUCUGAGGGGCACGUGCAUCCUCUCUUUCGAGCUAACUACCUUGCGUCGCCGCCCCUCGUCGUGGCAUAUGCGCUCGCUGGCACGGUGGACAUUAACUUUGAAGAAGAGAGCAUCGGAUCGGACAAGGAUGGCAAUGAGGUGUUCCUGAGAGACAUCUGGCCCAGCAACGAGGAGGUGGCAGAGGUGUUGGAGAGGGCGGUGCUGCCGCAGCUCUUCCAGUCGGUGUACGAGGCAGUGAAGGAGGGCGCCACCGACGCCCUCUGGAACAGCCUUCCAGCAGAUGACGAGAUUGGUUGGAGGGACGGGACGGACGCGUCCAGCCUGCACCUGCUCAGUCAGGGCGACUCUGUCGCCACUGAUCAGACCUCACCUGCUGCGAUCGACUGGGAGAAUGUUCGUUUAUGGAUUGUCGACCAUUGGGAUCAGAUACUGGAAAGUCGGUCGAACAUCGAGAGCCUGAAGGCCCUUCUAAUGGCUCUUACACACUACCGAAGAAGGGACGGUGAGGAGCACUUGAAUGCUCUACUUCAAGCCUGCCCCAUCCCGCCAAAGAUAUACGAGGAAUUUGCUGCGGAUGACUUUGAGGAACUCUCGAUCAAUUUUGAGGAGAUCCAGGCGGCCUUUGACAACUUGCAACAGCAGGUGGAGGCAGAGCGAGGUGCGGAUGCGGAGGAGCGGGGCGCUGAGAACGAGGGGCUGCGUAGAGAACACGUUGUGUUCGAGAAUGAGAGCCACACAGUCAGCCACUCCUCCUUCCACCUGGUAUCUCCGGCUGCCGCCACGUCAUCACUAGGUGCCACGUCAGCACCACCCACGCCCGCGCCAGCAGCUGACGUGGAGACGCAGCGGCUGCUCGAGCUGGCUGGGGCGUUGAGCAAGGGGGGGAUGAAAUCAGUUGAAGGCGGAGGUGGAGCUGGAAGCGGAGGUACCCCCACACCUUCCACCAGGCAUGGGGAGGAGCACGUCACUCCUGCCAGCAGCAGCACCGGCAACGCGGUCGGCAGCUCCAGCAACGCCGACAGCUCCAACCGCCAGUCCAAUGCAACCACCAGCUCAACGCCAGACCCACACCCACUCCCACAUGGCGUACACGGAGGAGAGGGAGGCGGGAGCGGGGGACACUCAGCUUCACAUACAGCUACUGCUGCUGCUGUAGCCCAUGAGGGGCAUGACGAGGGGGAUGGCACCUUCGUCAACAGCAGCACGAGUGAGGAGGGCAUAUUUGUCAAUAGCAGCGUCAGCGCCCGCAGCAGAAGUAGCACCAGCAGCACGAACAACUCACAUGCGUCCGAUUCGGAAGAUUUUUUGACAUUGCUAGACCAGCAGAAGAAGCAAAUAGAGGCAAAUAUGGCGGACAACGAGACACUACACAAGCUGAUAGAUGCUGACCGAGUUUGGAAGGAAGAGGAAGGACUGUCAGAUUGGUUGAAAGAGGGAGGCGACAAGGCCAAGAAGUUGCAAAGGCUGCUAAUAGCCGACUACAACGAGAGAGUUGGACUCUCCAAUCGGGCGGUGUUUGCUGAAGGAGCAUUUCUAGGAGUCUGCGAUAAACAUUAUGAGUUGUCUAAGCUGGCGGAGUCGCGGGGGUUGUUGGCAGAGGAGCGCAAGAACACGGUCGAGCGGUUGAGCAAGGAGGUGGAGCAGUUAAAUGCACAGCUGCAGAGUUCGAGCGACAAGUGGAGGCAGAAGAAGGAAAAAAUGAAGAGGACAUUGGAGGAGCAGAGAGAGGUGGUGGAAGAUGCGAAGGAGUUGGAGCAGCGCUUGACUGCAGAGCGGGACAGCCUGGCAGCCAGUCUGGCGGCCGCCAUGCAGCAACUGAAGGACAGCCGGGCGGCAAAUGCCCAGGCGGAGGAGAAGGUGCAGGCAGCUGUGCGGGAGAGGCAAGCCCUGGAGCAGCGCCUGGAGGACUUGGAGCUUUCAAUGGCGAACCAG